GUGCUAAUGGUUAAUGGCUUCUACUUACUGAGCUACCUUUAUGAGAAAGCCAAAUACAAUCCAAAGAAAAUUCAUGAGAUAUGAUGCAUCGGCUAGUAAAACUAUAAAAAUAUGAUUGCCUGAACACUUAAUUGUUACGAUAGCUAUUAAUUUUUAUCAAAUUUUACUCGUGGCCUACGAAAUAUGUGUUGAAACUGUUUACCGAGCAACGAACGUAACCAUUACACUCAUCGCUACGUUGGACCAGCUCGAUGCAAAGGAACCCAACAUUCAGCGUGAUAUCACAAGAUUUAUAUUGCACUAGGUGACAUGCCUAGCGGUCGUGAUAUUGAGCGAGCUGAACGUAAUGGAAGAUUUCGAUCACGCAGACGAGGUAGUACCAGCAGCGAUAUAAAUCGUCACAGUUUUGAAGGAUCCGACAAGAAGCACAGGAGGCAUGGAAAGAGCAAGAGUUCUGGAAAAAAGAAGAAAAAGAGGUCGAGAGACAAAUCCAUAGAAAAUGUUCCAACUGUAGCAUCUUCCAUUGUUAAACCUUUGGUCGAAUACUCGGACGUGAGUAGCGAAGAUUUAUCCGAACCAGAAGCAGGAGAGAUUCAAUCGGAAGAUAGUAGGGGUAAUAGCUACACGGAUGGAGAAGUACCUGAAUCAGUUUUACAGAGGCGUUACUAUGGCGGUAGUCCAGUGCGAGCUCUCGGAGCGUCACCUAUUAGUCUUUCACCAUCUCCGCCAGUUCAACACAGGCACUCUGUCAGACAUUACUCGCCGAACGAACAACAACCUUCGGCGAUGCACGGUGGAACACCCGAAUACGAAGAAGAAUCCAGGCGAUACGCAAGAAGAAAAGAGAAGAAACACAAACGAGACAAGAAAAAGAAACGAAGUCUCAGUCCCUCGUCUAGUACCGGAAAGAAGAAAAAACGGAAGUCUAAGAGACAUUCUCAUAGUUUGAGUCCUCAUGGGAUCGCAGAUGAAAUUAUUAUAAGUCCAGAUCAUGAAAAACCAGUCGAGAAUUGGCCAGAAUCUCCUCCUUUACCGUUGAAAGAUAGUACUUCUCCGAUAUCACCCGCAACACCUCAAGAGCAAGAGCAGAGAUGUUUAAGCGACGUAGAACUCGAAAUGACUAGACAACCUCGAAAUGUAACUCCUCCACCGCUUCCACCUAGGCCAACCGAAUCUCCGCAUACCCCUUUGUUACCACCUAGAACAACAACACCGGAGAAUAAUAAAACAUGUCUAUCCGCGAUGAAACAUACUCCUGAAAGACAAAAACAUAGUCCUAGUAUUCAUACUCGGCGUAGUAGCGUCAGUCCAGGUCCCGCCAUGAGUUCGAGUCGUAGAAGGCCUCACAGUCCGAGUCCACCGUCGAGAAGAAGGGACCAUAGUCCGACAAGAAGAAGAGACUUUAGUCCAAAUCCAAUGGUGCACAGACUUAGGCAUAGUCCUAGUCCAUCCACGAGACGGCGAGAAUUUAGUCCUAGUCCUAUAAGUCAUCGACGUAGAGGUGAUCCUGUUAGUUCUCCACCUUCGAAUAAACGUAGAAGACGGGACGAAUCCGACCGACGACACAGACAUCACGAGAAAGAUAGACGAGAUAAAAGAAAGUCAAGGUCAACUAGAAGUCCUACUGGAAACAGGUUGCAUUUACCUCUCUCUCGUUCACGAUCUCGAAGUCCUGGAAGAUGGCGAAAGUCGCGCUCAAGAUCGCGUUCACGCAGACGAAGUCGUACUCCAAAGAAAUCUCGAUCUCCUAGCAAGACUCACAAACCGACAAGAAAACACAAAUCAAAAAGUCCUCGUCCUUCGAGAAUACCUUCUCCUUCUCCUCAUAGAUCGAGAGCAAGAAGUCCAUCGAGCAUCACGGCGAGAAAUCUUCGAGUCCAAGCAAAGAUUAGCGAAACUAGUUUAUUUGCUGAACUCGUAAAAGAUAGAAAUAUGAGGGAACUGGCGUACAAGAAACUACAGGCAGCUAAAGAAAAGGCUGUUAAUCAGGACGAAGUUCAAAUAAUCGAAGGUACCGAUGACAAAGAUGCUAGCAACACAUCUUCCGAAAAUAAAGGUUCCAUUGAUAAAUAUGCGAAUCACAAAGAACAAUUAAAGCCACCGAACGAAAGUAUGAAGUCAGUCGAUGUCGUGGAUAUUCCUGUACCGAUGAUGUCGAUAAUAGACGACAGCGGAAUCGCAGGCAAGACACCACCAUUGCCAAUAACGCAAUCUCUCGGUGCGACAAAUUUAAUUCCUGGAGUUAAUCAACCUUCGACUAUUGUAUAUACUUCGCCAACUACUACGUCUAACAAUUGUCCGAUGACAAAUAGUCCAAAUUUUCCAACUGUUACAAACGUGCAAGCACCACCAUUGCCACAGUCAGAGCCCGCGAAUGCAGGUUUAUCACAAGUAUCUAUAUCAGUGCCUAUUCCUGUACCAGUACCUGUUCUCCCAAAUUUAUCUGUUCCACCGCCACUUCUACCGAUUCCAGUACCAGCGCCAAAUACGGCUAUGUCGAAAUUCAAUCCGCCUAACAAUUUAGUUCCUCUUAAAUCUGUAGAUCCUCCUAAACCUCCUAUUGUGGCAUUUAAGACGAAAAGUUUGUCGCGAUUACCACUGCCACCUGGAAUCAAUCAAAACGAUUUAGAGAGUAUAGACUCGCCGCCAAGUCGAUCUCCGAGUCCACCUAGCAAGGCCCAAAUGAAAUUCCCAGCUUCGACUACGAAACCACCUCAGAAAAAGAGCAUCAAAGAUCUACCUAUGCCACCAGUCGUUCCUGGAUCGGAAGACUUGAGCGGAGAGGAUGAUCCAAAUGCGACCCCGCCACGCCUGAAAGUCGAACGUAUUCCACCGAAACCGAAGUUAAAAAGACCAAAAAUUUUGAAACGUAGGGGUUCGAGAAACUGUCACACCCCCAUGUCGGCUUCAGGCGGCAAAGAUUGGGGAGAACGCUGCGUCGAUGUAUUCGAAGUGAUAGCCCAAAUCGGAGAGGGAACUUACGGACAAGUUUACAAAGCUCAAGAUAAACGAGCCGGUGUACUCGUUGCGUUGAAGAAAGUACGCUUAGAAAACGAGAAAGAAGGAUUUCCCAUUACAGCUGUACGCGAAAUAAAAAUUUUACGACAACUUAAUCACAAAAAUAUCGUCAACUUACGGGAAAUCGUCACGGACAAACAAGAUGCCUUAGACUUUCGAAAGGAUAAGGGUUCGUUCUAUCUCGUGUUUGAAUAUAUGGAUCACGACUUGAUGGGUCUCUUAGAGUCCGGAAUGGUCGAUUUCAACGAAAUGAAUAAUGCGAGCAUUAUGAAGCAAUUAUUAGACGGAUUAAAUUACUGCCAUAGUAAAAACUUCUUACACAGAGACAUCAAGUGUUCGAACAUAUUGAUGAACAACAAGGGGGAAGUGAAAUUAGCUGAUUUUGGACUUGCAAGACUCUAUAAUGCCGAGGACAGACAACGUCCUUAUACAAACAAAGUAAUCACUUUGUGGUACAGACCACCGGAAUUACUAUUAGGCGAAGAACGUUACGGGCCUGCGAUAGAUGUAUGGAGUUGUGGUUGUAUUCUAGGAGAAUUAUUUUCUAAAAAACCGCUAUUUCAGGCAAACGUAGAGAUGAUGCAAUUAGAGAUGAUUUCCAGAGUCUGUGGCACACCGACUCCCGCCGUUUGGCCUUCUGUGAUAAAAUUGCCACUAUGGCACACACUUAAGCCAAAAAAGUCGCAUAGAAGACGUUUACGAGAAGAUUUUUCGUUUAUGCCUGCGCCAGCUUUGGAUCUUUUAGACAAAAUGUUGGAGUUAGAUCCUGAAAAGCGAAUAACGGCUGCAGACGCACUUAAAAGUGCUUGGCUGAAAAAUGUUCAACCCGAACAGAUGCCAGUACCUCAACUUCCUACUUGGCAAGACUGUCAUGAGCUCUGGAGCAAAAAACGAAGACGUCAGUUGCGAGAACAACAAGAGAGCUCUGCAGGAAAGAUACCUCUCCUUCCUCUUCCAAGUAAAGGAGGUCCCCAUAAGGCUAUCGAAGAUCUAACGGAUGUCGGGGGUCGUUCAAACACGACGAUGGCUAUUACGCAGAACAAUGGAAUAUAGAGAUACGAAAAUGUAACAACGUCGUUCUCUUUUCAUGGGUUUGCUACAAAAGAUUAUGUUCUAAAACUACACUUGAACGCAUGUAUCAGAAAAAAAAAACAAAUGAAAAAUUAAGAUGAUACGUUUGUCAUGGCAAAAUAUGUUAUAACACGUUUUACGUGGCUGCACCUUCAAAUACUACGAUAGCAUAUAUCAGUAACUGGAAGAAAUUAUAAUACAACUAAUCACCGCAACGUUAUAUUAGUAUUUUUUUUCUUCUUUUUUUUUUUUUUUUUUCUUGAAGUGAUAUCAAAUAUUAUUAGGUUCAAAGGUUAUUAUAGACACUUGUGCGAGAGAAAAACGUAUUUUCUAUUGCGAUUCAAUUUAAUCGAAUGCCUUAUGAAAACUAAUUAUACGAGCUUGAAAAUUACACUUUUCACGUUUGAGAAUACCGUGAUCAAAAGUAAAAUAAGUAUGUACAUAUUUACCAAUUCAUAGAUACGCGACAUAUAUGCAUACUUGUGUAUUUCUCCAUUUUUGUGUAUGAUAAAAGGUUGCACAUAUGUACAAUUUUAUUUCGAAAUCUGUAUAUGCAGUUACAUGACUUACAUGUAUGUGCAUAUAAUCAUUGCUAUAACAUGAUUGUAUCGAUGGUACGUGUAUCUGUGAAAUGUUCACGAUUGAAUGAUGAACCAUUAAAUAAAAAAAAAAGCAAAAUGAAAAUAGCAGUAGUAUAUACGAUUGUAAAUAAAAAAAAAAAAAAACGAUCAGAGUUACUGAUAUUAAAUAAUGUUAAUUUUCAUAUUAAACUAUCAGGUUGAAAUACCUACAAGCGCAUGAAGCGAUACAUAAAACGAGUGAGGAAAUGAUGUGAGCAAGUAGAUGAUCUUUAUAAUGUGUAAAGUCUUGGAGUGUAAAUAGGUCGAAUGGAUACAAAGAAGAAGCUGUCGGAAGAUGAAGACGUGGAAUGCAAGAAGCCAAGACUAAAAAAAUGUGAAUGUAUUACGGAAACAUUAAUGUCGCGGCAAUCCCUGUCGAUAAUUCAUUUUAUUUAUGUUAAUUCGGUUUAUUUAAACAUUCACAUUUAUAGGUUAUGUAUAUUUUAAUUGGUCAAAUUUCCGCAACUGUGUUAUAGUUCGUUAUUCUGUAUAGUAGGUAAUUAUCGUAAGUUUCAAUAUACGAAUGGCAGUUUUUGAUAUUCGUUAAAUAUUUUCAUGUUUUUGCAUAUAUUUUGUAUUGAUGCCAUUCUUAUAAUGAAAUCCGGAAUUUAGACAAACCUUAUGUAUUAUCGUCAUAAUGUAAAAUACUAUUGAAUUAAUGUAAUAUAAAAUAUUUACUGAUGUCCAAAAGGCAUUUGCCUAACAUUUUUAUGGACAAUGAAUUUCCAAUGUUAUUAAAAUAUUUUAUCGUUUAA